GUGGGACUCCUGCCGUUCCCGCCUAAAUCCUCGGGGUGGGCGGGGCCUCGGGGCCUGGAAGGGAGGGGCGGGGGGGGGGGGCUCCGGCCGUCGAGGCCCUGCGGCCAUGAAGCUGCUGCGCCUGCUGUGCCGCCACAAGACGGCCCUGGGCCUGGGCGGCCUGUCCCUCUUCGCCAUGGUCCUUCUUUACCUGGCCAAGUGCACCUCCGAGGGCCUCCGGCCUCUGCCGGCCCCCCGCGGGCUCCCGCACAACCAACCUGCGGCCCUGCCGCCGCGGGGUGCCAGGGGCCGCAUCCCCCCGGCAGCCCCGCCACCUUCUCCUGAGGAGACCGCCUUCCUGGCCGUCCUCAUUACCAGCGGCCCCAAGUACAGCGAGCGUCGCAGCAUCAUCCGCAGCACGUGGCUGUCGGCCGCCGGGCGUCCCCCCCACGAUGACAUCUGGAGCCGCUUCGUGAUCGGCACGGGUGGGCUCGGGGCAGAGGAGCUUCGUAGCCUGGAGCUAGAGCAGAGCCGGCACAAAGACCUCCUCCUUCUGCCAGAGCUGCGGGAUUCCUACGAGAACCUGACCGCUAAAGUCCUGGCCACCUACGUCUGGCUGGAUCUGCACCUGGACUUCCAGUUCGCCCUGAAGGCUGAUGACGACACCUUCGUACGCUUGGAUGUGCUCGUGGAAGAGCUGAGAGCCAAGGAGCCGCGUCGCCUCUACUGGGGCUUCUUUUCUGGCCGCGGUCGAGUGAAAUCUGGUGGCAAAUGGAAAGAGAGCGCCUGGGUGCUCUGUGACUACUAUCUACCGUACGCUCUGGGUGGCGGUUAUGUGAUUUCUGCAGACCUGGUGCACUAUUUGCGUCUUAGCAGAGACUACCUGAACAUGUGGCAGAGUGAAGAUGUCUCCCUGGGGGUGUGGCUGGCUCCCAUUGAUGUGAAGAGAGUGCACGACCCUCGUUUUGACACUGAGUAUAAGUCACGAGGUUGCAACAAUAAGUACAUAGUAACUCAUAAGCAAAGCAUCGAGGACAUGCUGGAAAAGCACCAGACCCUGGCUAAAGAAGGAAAGCUCUGUAAGGAGGAGGUUAAGCUCAGGCUUUCCUACAUGUAUGACUGGGGAGUGCCUCCUUCACAGUGUUGCCAAAGGAAGGAUGGCAUCCCGUGAAAGUCUGAGGAAGGAAAAGGCAGAAUAUCAAUGGACACUCUGAGCUUGGUUACUGUUCCUUGGGGAGAAUCCCAGUAACUAGGGCUUAAAAAUUACUCAAAAGAUUUUGCACGGUUCAUUAUGUCACAAUCAAUGAAAUCCUGAAACUCCUCUAAGAGCUACUGAUGUGGCAUGAUGUAGAGAUGUUUUAAAAAAAAAAAAAAAGACAAAAAGCAUGGAAAGGCUCAUAUGACAGGAUUGAAGGCAAAUAAUAGGUUGAAAAAUGUGGAUAGUACAGAAAAUUCAGGGGAGAUAACUUGAAUGAAGAGUUACUGGAAGAUUUUUAACAGAUUCUAAGAUUUAUUUGCUAAAGAUCAUGACAGGCCUUUAUGCUAUCUAUAAGAUUGUGAAACUAGCAUCUGCUGUUUAUUUCUUGGCAAGGAAGAAGUGUCAGUUUGGCAAGGUUUGAAGAUUUUAAUGGGGCUGCAAAUCCGCUGCUGUUGCCAGUGGGAACAGGUGGCUGGUUAUUGACACAAGCAGUCAAGUAAAGGGAACAAUUUUACCUAGGGUAUUUGUGUUAGGGGAGGGAGAGAGCCUGUUCUUUGGCAAGUGCUCCGAUUUACAAGAAUGGAAUUAUUAGACCUUCUGUGUAACUUGUCUGUAAGCUUUUUGUUGUUUUAAAGACAUCAUGUACAUAAAUUAUCUGGCAGCUACGGAGUAAGUCUAUAUUUAGAAAGGUGGAUGAGUUAUGGUAUUUGGCAGAUAUAGAAUAUAUUAUCUUAUUUGGGGGGCAAAUAGUUACGUGACAAAGCUAGCCUUCAGUUGUUAGGCAUAGGUGUUGUUCUUAGCUUAUCCUCCAAAUACACUGUGUAUGAAGAAACAUUUCCCCUCCUGACAGUAAGUAAUCUGACUACUACAAGGUCAGAUGUUGUAGGCUUCAGACUUAGAUUGUUCUGGAUUACUUCUGUAAAAUGUAAAUUGGCAGGAUUAGAUCAGCAGAAGCUAUUUGGAGUUCAAACAAGAUUGCCCUAACAUGGGUACCUCAGCUAAGAAAGUAAACUCUGUAUGUAGUCAAGAGAAAUAGGUUCCCCCACCCCCCAAAUUCCUCUUUGAGGAGAACCUUGUCUCUCUUUUAGGAGAUACAUUGCAAUCUAAGGGGACUAAUCCCUCAACAGUCACAUUUAGAUGCCUGAAGCUAGACUGUGUGAAUUCCCUCCUUCUCUCCAAUAGCACAUUUUAGUGGAACUAAAAAUAAUUUUACAGGUGGUCUAAGUUAAUUGCUCAAGUGUACGUCAGUAAAUGGGAUUAUGUUCCUUAGUCCUGUCUACACUACAAAUAAUUCUAGUACUGACAGAGCUUGUCAGCAUCAGAUGCAAUAUUGAACAGUAAAUACAGACAGGACAGUCUUGGCUGUAGAAGAGAUCACUUACACAAUUUCACCAUGUUAGUUAUCUUCAAACCUUUACGUAAGCCUGUAAUUUAAACAUCUUUGAAUGGCAGGUGCUCUGAUACACAGAAAUACUUUUUUUUCAGUACUACUACAGAGCUACUGACUUCUAGUAACCUUUGUCAGCUACAGAUCUUUCAGUAUAAGCAGAGUUUUUACUUUAUGCCUGAAGGGCAUUCUUAAUUAUCAGUUUUACUGUUUGCUGCACACUGCACUUUCAUACAAUUUAAUUUCUUCCUCUGCCUAAGUCAGUGUCUGUUCCCACCUGCAGGAAGAGAAAAAUUGAAAAAAAAAAAAAAGGGUGCCAAUGUGUCUGUAUUUUUGCUUCUUAAAUUAGCAAGUUUGCAGUUCAUACCAAAGGAAUCAACUGGGGGGGGGGAUUGUUAUUUUUCUCUUGUUUUGAUUAAAUUAUUGAGGAUUAAGAAAAGUCUUCUGCAGAGAAUGAUAAUUCUCUAUUUUGAAAAUUUGAACAAGUCUUUUACUUCCUUCUAAAACAAAUUAAGAUACUGAAAAAAAAAAGUUAUUUUAGCAUGUGUCCAUUCUAAUGCAUGCUUAUGCGUUGACAGAUAGGCAAAUGUGCUUUUCAGCAAGGUAUACUAUUCCAAAACAAGAAUUUAACAAGAUUACAGGAAAUUUAAACUGGUUUUAGCAUUUUAAAAAAUAUCUAUUUGCCAUUUGGGGUUCACUAGUAUUGUGUGUAUAUAUGUGAUUAAAUGCUUGUAAUGUGAGUAUUUAUUUAUAAUUAUUGAAAAUGUAUUAUGUAUAGGAAAAAUGAGAUAGUUAAAUGUCAUUUUAAAUUUGUUUAAGGAGGUACUGUAAUGUCCACGAGAAUUACAUAUCAAGCAGUGCUUGAAUUUCUUGGUGUACAAGCCAUUAUUUAAAGUACUGUGAUCUGAGCUGCAGAUCAAAAGUCUGUUUGCAUGUCUCAAGCUAGUAAGAAUGUACUGUUUAUCCAUUUCUAUCAAUAACUGUGUUCAUGGAAGUUGUUUACAUUGUUGACUUUGACUCUCCUUACUCACAACCCCCCCCCCCCCCCCCCCCCAAAAAAAAAGUGUUUUUCAUUGCUAGCAAAAUUAAUGGCAGAGAAAUGCUGGAUCUCCAUCUGAUAUUUGACCCCAUGGAAAACAUUGUGCAUAGAAAUACUUAAUAGUUAAAGAAAUUCUCUAAGUGUUUCUUACACAAGUGUGAGGUGAAGUACCUAGCGUAGCAGAUCUCUUGACAGCAGCACAGCCCGUUGCCUGCCUAGGUGUACUUACUGCCUACACACUUGCAAGAUGAAGCUCAGAAAUGAUGGUGACCACUCUUACAUACUUAAUAUCUGGAUCUUGGUCUGACACGGCUUCGUAAUACCCUUUUCUGUUUAAGGUUACCCAUGUUUUGCUCUAGUUGCAAAACAAAUUAACAUGGAAGGCUUGACAGAUUCUUGUCCUUUGGUAAGUGGUUUUAGUUUUCUUACUAGACACCCCCUUACUGCAAAUACAGGGCUUAGAUUUCAAUCCCAGUUAACUGGGAAAUUCCACAAAAGUAGAAGAUGAAGUUUUUAGGCUUUUUUGAUAUUUUAAAAGCACAUUGAAUCAUUUGGGAGAGAGCAAACAUCCCACAUGUGUGGAAAACCCCAGAAAAACAUUAACUAGUACAGGAUUUUUUUUUUUUUUACAUUUUACUAGAAAGACUUUGCAUGUGAAAAACCUAUUAAUGUUAUUUUGAGCAAUCAAGAAAAAUCUGUAUAUUGCAUGAGUGAGUCACUAAAGUUUUAAAACUUAAAGUUUCAGUCCAAAAUUAAUUUUUGAGCCCAUUUUUUCUAAAGCAAAAUAUAAAGCAUAUUUUGAACGACAUAUGAAUUGAAUGUUUUCACAGUAGUAAUUAAAGGCAAUCUUUCAUACCUUCUAAGGACUAGGUCCCGUAUUUCCUGACAUCAUCUCAGAAAUCUAGUAUGUGAUGUUUUCAUACUCGAAAACCAUGAUGUAAUCUUUGUCUCUCUUGAAAGUCAGGGGGAGGAGUCUGACUUCAGUGGGUCCAGCAUUUGAAAGGACGUUUAAGUGCUGCUGAGAAAUAAGCAGGUUUUGGUCUUUAUAGCAGCUAUAUUAGAGUGGAACAUUUUGUUGUGGGCCUUAGUGAAAACUAAAUUAUCCAGGAACAGAUUUGUCUUCUUUUUUGUAGCCCUUCUUAGUGGCAAUAGGUUGGCGAUAUGUUGGGCUUUUUAUUUUUUUACGUAGUGUUUCUGCUGGUUUCUAAGUUUUCUCUUCAUAAAUACUUUCCAUUUUUAAUAUUCUUGUUAGUAUGGGGAAAAAUUAUCACUUUAGCUUUUCUAGAUAUCAGCAUGUUACUAUAAGUUAGGCAACUGUGUCAAGUCUAUAAGCUUAUGUUGGUAUCCAUUCAGGACUACCAUUGAGUUGAUCUGUAACACUAUUGAGCUUUUUGUUAUUAUUUACAGAAUUUUUUUAAAAUUUUUUUUUAAAUCAGGCAUUUAGCAUUCUACCAGAGCUGAUAGAUACAGUAGAGAAAUUAAUUGUUUAUGACGUGCCCUCUCCAUGAUCGUAUCCAAGACUUGAUACUGAAAUAUUUAAAGCUGACAAUGGCAUAAACUCAGCUAGAAAGUUGAUUUUAUUUUCCAGUGAUUUUUUUAAGUUACAUGCAACAUGACUUAAUUACUUUAGUGUGUAAAAAUAAGUAGCUAAAACAUUAAUUGCCAUACUGAAUAAACUAACAGUUCCAGUUAAAAAACCCUCAAGCUUCCAAGAAUUCCUAUAGUCACUUCAAGAUUUUUAAAAACAAAACCCAAGUUAGAAAUUACUAUUCCUGUAACUGAAUACUUUCUUUUCUGAACGUCUAGCCUUGUUCAUGUGAAGUCUGCUCAAAUACAGCUUCUAUGUGUCAUACUUUUGACAGAUGUUACAUUUUCUGUAGUUGAAAUGCCUCAUUUUUGAGCAUUUAAAUUUGUAUCUCCUAUCUGCUAACGCUAAUGUUUUGGGGGCCAGGGUGUUAGCUUUGCAGAUUUGAUUAAAAGCCCAGCAGCAUGGGAAGAUGAUUAAGAGUUGCAUUUCUAUUAGUUUCUGUUCAGCUCAGCUGCAGCAUCAGAGUUGAAAUAUGGUUUUGGUAUUGCUGUAUGCUUGACAAACUGUCAACACCUACACUACUAUAUAUUCUAUUUAGAACACUGCCUGCAAGACUGAAAUCCGUUGCUACAUGUACCUGUGUAAGUAUGCUUUUACCUUGGAACUUGAACUACUUUAUGCCAACAUAAUAUGCCAGUUAUUACUUUCUAAUACAGACUAUUUAGGUAAUGUCUAGGAAAACUUGGAAAUGGAUCAGUCUGUUACUUGUAGCCUAUCUGAAGCUGAAGGAUACUACAUAAGUGUGCCUUUAUGAAACAGAAUUAGCGUGGGGUACUGUGCUGAGUAUGUUUUAAACAGUUGAAUGAAAUUGCACAUUUUUUGCAGCCACAUAACUUUACCAUUUGGGGGUGGGGUGUGGCACAGUUUAUUUGCUCAGCAUUUAUAUAGGAAAUAAACUGCUAGAAACAUGAAGCUAUCUGUGAUGAUAACUCUUGGUAAUUGCAUAAGCAUAUUGUGUAUGUAUUUAUGUCCUUUCAUGUAUGCCUUUACUGGCCAAGGAUCUGUGUGCUGUGAUUUUUAAUAAAAGAUUUUUGCUGUA